UCCUCGUGUUCGACCCCGCCGCGUCGCCGGCGCACUACAAGGUGCUGCUGGAGCCCCAGCCCGUCGUCUAGCCGGAUGGGAAUGACGCGGGGGAGAACGACUACAAUGCUUGCCGCCUGAUGGAGUGGCCGCCGGCGGCGUGGGCGUGGCAGGAGUUCUCGUCGGGGACCGGGAGGUGGGAGGAGAAGGUGUUCGUCCGGGACGGCGAGGCGGCGGGGACGGUCGGGGACUUGCUGCUGAAUCCGUUGGAUUACCAACUAGAGCCCCGAUGGCGCUACGCCGCCUACUGGCAGGGAGCACACUACAUACAUUGCAGUGGUGAAUUUGUUUCAAGGUUUUCCAUGGAGGAUGGUAAGUACAAAGUGAUCAAGUCGCCCAUAGACCUCGCUGAGUGCAAGAGCGAUGUGCGGUCUUUUCUAGGGAGAUCAGAGAAGGGGGUGUACUUUGCAGCUAUUGAUCCCAUGGACAACCUUCGGGUUUGGAUCCUCGGCAGUGAAUCCAGUGAUCAGACAGGGUGGGUGCCAAAGCAUCAGAGUAAACUCAAGACAUACUCUUGGUGA